AUGAGAAGGAAAGGAGCAUCAGAGAAGUAUGUGAGAGUGAUCCAGGACAUGUACGCAGGCUCAAGGACGAGGGUAAGGAGCAGUGUGGGAACAACAGAGGAGUUCCGUGUGAGAGUGGGUCUGCACCAGGGAUCUUCUCUGUUCAACCUACUCAUGGAUGAUAGUGUUCAAAAUAUAAAGGAGGAGGCACCAUGGACCAUGUUGUUCGCGGAUGACAUCGUCUUGGUGGAUGAAAGUAGAGAUGGGGUAGAGAGAAAGUUGGAGAGAUGGCGAGGAGCAUUGGAAGGGAGAGGUUUGAGAAUUAGCAGGGAGAAGACGGAAUAUUUGAAUUUUAAUGGUCGACAGGAAAGCGAAGUAUGGAUACAAGAUAUGAAGUUAAAGGGUGUUAAGGAGUUCAGAUACUUGGGCUCUCAUAAAUCAGCGGACGGCAGCCUGGAUGGAGAGAUCAUUCACCGUAUCCAAUCGGGUUGGAAGAAUUGGAAAAGAACAACUGGAGUGCUCUGUGACCGAAAAAUUUGUGCUAAAGUAAAGGGAAAGUGUUCAAGUCGGUUGUUAGACCCGCAUUGUUAUAUGGUGUGGAGACGUGGCCAAUAA